AUGGCGGCAUCAAAGUCUAGGGAUACAAUUUGUGACGCAGCCAUCAUUGGCUUCGCUCUCAAUAGUGACGGCUCCGAGGCAGUCUUCUCGCCCAAUAAUCAUUUGUUGCACAUUGUGGAUUGCAAGAACAAAAAGGACUGCGGCACAUGGGAAAUUCGCGCCACUUUGGAACAGCAUGACCAGUCCGUCUCUGCCACCGCCUGGCAUGGUGGAACGAAUCGUAUUCUCUCUUGCGCGCAGGACCGCACUGCUUUUGUGUGGUACCGCAACUCAAAAGGAAACUGGAAGCCGCAGAUGGUGAUGCUCGACGCAGGUGUGAAGCGGGGACUGACGAGCUGCGCGUGGAGUCACUCAGGUUCCAAAAUUUAUGUUGGCUCCGCCGCAUCCAACAUUGCUGUAGGGCGCUUUGAAACGGAGGAUGAGUGGUGGAUCUGCCGCUUGCUAGAGGGACACAGUAGCACAGUGACGGCGCUCGCACCGCAUCCAUCAGACGAUGCGCUACUGGCCUCUGGAGGCACUGAUGGAAAGCUUAUGCUUGUCUCAACAUACAUGAAAAAGUUAGAUGGUAGAAAGUGCAAGUCUUUUGCUCACGUCUACCUCGAGAAAAACUUUGGCGCGUGGGUCCACGCAAUUGCGUGGGCGCCAUCCGGUCAGCGCCUCGCCGUCGCUACACAUGAUAGUCGGGUGCACGUCUUCGAUGUGGGUUUAUCUGGCAGUUUCACACAUGACGCGGUCUCUCCAACGCUGCACACUAUCACCAUGUCCAUACUUCCGCUGAAGGCACUUGCGUUUGUGGCAGAGGACCACCUCGUUGGUGGAGGUUUUGACUAUUACCCGGUUCUCUUCACCCCUAUUGAGGCAGGAGCAGGAUGGGAAAUGAGCGGAAAGUGGACGAUAAGCCGAGCAAAGGGGGUGAAAACGGCGCAGCAAAUUGCCCGCGAAAAGUUUCAAAAUGAGGCUCGUAUCGGGCAGGCAGAGUUGAUUGAAGAUGAGCAGAAUCGCCACAAGAACACCAUUAACAGUGUCAUUAGCCUGUUUGGCCCCAACGCCCCCACAAUACCAGACAUAAAUGAUCCUGUUUUCGCGACAGCCAGUCUCGAUGGACGGGUUGAGAUGUGGACUAUGGGGGAAGUCAUGCGUACCACCUAG